UGACUGUGUCUCAAAUGACAGUGCAACACAAACCGCUACUCAUUUCUCCCUAGUGAAAGCAGCAAUCUCACGCUUUAAACAAACGAGGGAGUCGGUGCUCGAUUGCUCUGGUCUCAGUGGUCUGGCGCGAACAUGGCAGAUUCAGAGGAUAAUGUUACAAUUCCUCAAUUGAACUCUCUUCUGCAAAUGGAUCCUUACCUCAAACCCUUUGAAAAGGACUUCCAGAGGAGGUAUGGGCUGUUUGAGAAGCAGCUCGCACUCCUUGAGGAGGCCGAAGGAGGCUUUGAUCAGUUCACACGCAGCUAUAAUAGUUACGGAGUACAGCGGAUGCCAGACAACAGCCUUGUCUUUAAGGAGUGGGCCCCGGCCGCCGAGGCUCUGUUCCUCACUGGAGACUUCAAUGACUGGAAUAAUUUUUCACAUCCCUACACUAAAAAGGAGUUUGGCAAAUGGGAGCUGCACAUGCCCCCAAAAGAGGACAAAACACCUGCUGUCACUCAUAACUCCAAGCUGAAGGUGGUUGUUCACACCAGAGCAGGUGAGCGGCUCUACCGAAUCUCACCUUGGGCAAAGUAUGUGACCCAGCAUGAGAAGUCCGUCAUCUAUGAUUGGGUACACUGGGACCCUCCUCAACCUUACAUUCACAAGCAUCCUCGUCCACAGAAGCCCAGGAGCUUGCGGAUAUACGAGUCCCACGUUGGCAUUGCUUCUCCUGAGGGCAAAGUGGCAUCCUACAGCAACUUCACACACAACGUGCUGCCCAGGAUCAAAGAUCUUGGUUAUAACUGUAUUCAGCUGAUGGCGAUCAUGGAACAUGCCUACUAUGCUAGCUUCGGUUACCAGGUCACGAGUUUCUUCGCAGCAUCAAGUCGUUACGGCACCCCAGAGGAACUCAAGGAGCUGAUUGACGUGGCUCACUCUCUGGGUAUCGUUGUCCUGCUUGAUGUGGUGCACAGCCAUGCAUCCAAGAACACAGAGGACGGGCUGAACCGCUUUGACGGCUCUGACUCCUGUUUCUUCCACAGUGGGCCCCGUGGAGUACACAGCCUCUGGGACAGCAGACUCUUCAACUACUCUAGCUGGGAGGUCUUGCGUUUUCUCCUGUCAAACCUGCGCUGGUGGAUGGAGGAGUACAGAUUUGAUGGAUUCCGGUUCGAUGGAGUCACAUCUAUGCUCUACCAUCAUCAUGGGAUUGGAUCAGGAUUUUCUGGGAAUUAUUCUGAAUACUUUGGACUCCAAGUAGAUGAGGAAUCUCUUGUGUACCUCAUGUUGGCAAACCAUAUUUUGCACACCCUCAAUCAAGACUGCAUCACUAUUGCAGAGGAUGUGUCCGGUAUGCCCACCAUUUGCCGUCCAAUCCAAGAAGGAGGUCUCGGUUUUGACUAUCGCCUGGCUAUGGCCAUUCCAGACAAAUGGAUUCAAAUCAUUAAAGAAUUCAAGGACGAAGAGUGGAACAUGGGAAACAUUGUGCACACGAUGACCAACAGGCGAUACGGCGAGAAAUGCAUCGCUUACGCCGAGAGCCACGACCAGGCCCUGGUGGGAGACAAAACGCUGGCCUUCUGGCUGAUGGACAAGGAUAUGUACACCAACAUGAGCGCUUUGAUUCCAAUGAACUCCGUUAUUGAUCGGGGCAUCCAGCUCCACAAGAUGAUCCGACUGCUUACCCAUGGCCUGGGAGGGGAGGGAUACCUGAACUUCAUGGGCAAUGAGUUUGGCCAUCCAGAAUGGCUGGAUUUUCCUCGAAUCGGCAACAAUGAGAGUUAUCAUUACGCCCGCCGGCAGUUCAACCUUGUGGACAUGAAGCACCUGCGUUACCAGCAGCUGUACGCUUUCGACAGAGACAUGAACCGCACGGAGGACAAGUACGGCUGGCUGGCUGCUCCCCCGGCUUACGUCAGCGCCAAGCACGAGGGAGACAAGGUGAUCGUCUUUGAGAGGGCUAACGUCAUCUUCAUCUUCAACUUCCACCCAACCAACAGCUACAGCAACUAUAGAGUCGCUGUGGGGCCGGCGGGAAAGUAUCCUUCACUUCUGCAGAGCUCUUCAUGCUGUAAUGCUCAUUCAGGACGCAGCAGGUUGAGCUUCAUCUGUGCCGGAGUAAUCCUACAGGAAGUGUUUUCAGCAGGGAAGUGAAGGAGAAACCAGCUUUCAGAUGCAAACAGCUGAGAAGCCGCAGAAAUAGCUGUCAUUAUGAGCGCGAGAGGUAAACAUGCAGGCAGAUUUGCCACGCGCUACAGUGUGUAUGACGGCGUGUUUGUGUGUCGACAAGGUAUCCGUGCUGGAACGAUGAGAGUUGAAGCGGAGCGUCCAAUUAGAGCAGAAGACAGAUGAAAGUGCCACUCUGUUUCAGAAGAGGUAAACAAGCCUGACCCAACAAGUCCAGAGUGCUUUUUCAUUAAAGCAUCUCACACACACAUAUAUCUGUGUGUAUGCAUCCAUAUAUCUCCAGGUUAUCUCAGUCUUCUGUUAGGCUGGAUCAGAUGGGUCGGGCACUGUCUCUGUAUCUUAUCAUGAGCUGGAGGAAAAGGGGUUUGCAUGUUUUGUAGGUUUUUUUUAGGGUGUUCACAAUGACCGGGGAGCUUCAGUGGACCUUUUUACACUUGGUAAUAAUGUUACACCCAAGACCACCCUGACCCUACCCAUAAUUCCAUAUGACUGUCCUGCAUCUCUAAUGCGUCUCCUUGUUUAUAUUACUAUCGGUUUAUAAUAAUAUUAUAAUAAAAUAAUGAUAAUAAUAACAGUUAACCAACAAUAAUAAACCUAUUAUUAUUAUUAUUAUUACAAAUCCAUAGUCUUAUUAAGCUUAUUAAAUAAAUAAGUGAUUAUUUAAUAAUACAUUCAUAAUCAAUAAUACAUUUAUUAUUAUAAUUUAGGUUUAUUUUCUCUUUUUUAAUUGACUUUUGGAAAAAUUAUCUGAUUUGCCCCACAACUACGCCACUUUACAGCUAAUAAUAACUUAAUAAUAUUAAUAAUAAUAAAUCAUGAAGACUAUUCCCAGUAUUUUCAUUUAUUAAUUUAACCAAGCAAGUUUAUUAAAUAAAUAAUCAAUGUUUUAACUUUACAUUCUUUGUAUUAUUAUUUAAUAGGGGUGUAACGGUACACAAAAAUGAUGGUUCGGUACGUACCUCGGUUUUUAAGUCACGAUUCGGUAUGGGUUCGGUACAGCAGGGUGAGAAAACAAAGCAUUUUUUUCUCUUUUUUUUUAUUAAACAAUGUUUUACUGAACCAACUGUGUCUCUGUCUUUAAAUUAUGAUUAAAAUUUUCUUAAGGAUAAAAAAAUCUAUCUCUGCUAAUGUUGUAACUAUUAGAGAGCCCUUACUUGCACAUUACUUUAAUAAAGGUUACAAUUAACAACAGAGCCCAAAUUAUUAAAUUCAGUUGCUAUUUAUUUUUAGACAAUCAUCAACACUCAAAUAAUAAUAAAAAAUGUAUGUAUUGUAAACAUGUAAAUUACACAUAAGGCAGUUUAACUUGUGUUUCUCCAAUUCGUUGUUGAAAUAUAAUCAUUUACACAGUGGCUGUCAUAACUUGUUUUCAUGACGGAUUUAUUUUGGCUUUACAUUAACUAACAGGUUAAGUAAAAUAUAAUUAAUAUAUAGGCUAAUGUAGUGCAUAUAUUUAGUGAAACGGUUCGUUUCUCUAGCGAACUAACAAGCUGUUGACACUGAAUGGCUUUUCUGAGGUAAAUGUAAUAGCCUACUACGUGACAUAUUGUUUACAAACUGUUUUACUGACAUCUUUCCGCGGUUGAAACACUGAUUGAGCGAUUACACAAGAUAUGAUACGUUUCAGUAAGUUGUACUGUAUCUUUCAACAUACCUUCGUGGUCAUUCAUGUUGAUUCUGUAGUAGUGAAGAAGAGGAAGGGAUGAUCGCGUUCACUCGCGUUCCCCGCUGCCUUUGAACUGUCUCGCCACAUCAAAAAGCGUCAAAACGGCAUUUAUUGUUUGAAUUUCAUGAUAAAAUGGACAGAAUUUGAAAGAUGGCACUUUGUUUCUAAUCGAAAGUAACAAAACACAGAGCUUAUUGCAAUUAUUGGCGGUUAAUGCUGGUUUAAAGUGAUUAGGCUAAAAAGUAUUACUAUGCGCACGCCCCCUUUUGGAUUGGAGUGUGGAUCGCCUGUUACUGACUGUAUUCGUCAUGAACCGAACCGUGACGUCCGUACCAUGACGGUUCGGGAUGAAUACAUGUACCGUUACACCCCUAUUAUUUAAGUGUUUUCUUUUUUAAUGUCUGUUAUAUUUUAUUUAUUAUUUUUUUUAUUAUGCAUGCAAAUUAGGCAAACCAAAAUAUAUAUUUCAUUUGACUAUUCCAAAAAAAAGAUGAUUUGGGCCAGCAAUACACUACUAUAUUGCAGAUAAUACCCUAAAUAAUAAUAAUAACUGUAAUCAUUCCUAAUAUUGAUUGAUUGAUUCAUUCAUUCAUUCAUUCAUUCACUCAUUCAUCGAUUGAUUGAUUGAUUGAUUGUUUAUUUUUAUAAUUUCAGUUUUUCUUUUUUUUUAAUAUCUAUUCACCUGACCAUGAAUCACUCACUUGUUGAUCAAAAUUUGAUUUGAAAAUUCUAAUUUUACCGCAAAUAUGAUAUCUCGAAAAAUUCAGUUGAAUGCAUGUGGGCCACUUAAUUUUGUCAUUGUUUUGUGAUAUGCCAGGGAACAUUGAAUUAGCCAUUUUGGGUCUUGUGACAAACUGGAGAAGUUGCCAUGUAUUUUGGCAAAUGUUCAGCUUGGACGUUCCUUUCUUUUUUUCUUCUUUUUUUUAUACUGAAUAGUUCGCAUGACAGAUGAGGUGUUUUUUUUUUUGUUGUUGUCUGGAACCGUUGGGAUGCAUUAGUGUUUACAUCUCUGAUGUGGCCAAAUGCGUCCCUGAAACAUUGGAGCACAAAAUAUAUUGGACCCUGUUUACACUUCAAUACCAGGUGUAAAAUGGGCCAAUAUGAGGUUUGUUGUCUGUUUACACAUUAAAAAACACCUUGGCAUGAGCUCCCGCCACUUCGAAUGACAGCCACAAAACCCAUAUUUUUGUAAACAAGUGGAGCUACAGGUAUAAGCCAAACAAAAAAGCUUCAGGAAGAGGAUGUGGUCAUGAAUUUGGUUUCUAGAGAGAAAGACAAAGCACUUAAACUCCUUAAAAAAGUCUCUCCUAUGUCCUUUCAGUGGGAUGAGCAGGAGCUUUGUUCCUUAGGCUUUUUCUCUCUUUUCAAACAAGAAGACAAAGUUUCCCCUGAGUUAAGCACUCCACCACAAACAUCAGCCAUUAAAAUUCUGUCGACAUCAGCUUUUGACAAGAGCUCAAACCUUCUACGAUUUUUUCCCUCAAUCUUUCGUUCUCUGCUCUCAAUGGGUGCGUUCUUCAGGUGCUUCUAUCCAUUCAGAUGGAUUUAGAUGGAUGGAGUAUUGUAAAUCCCAGUUGGGUAUCAUCAUGACAACUGAUGUGUCUUUGAUACGCUGCGUGCCAACAGGCGUCUGUGAUUGUGUCAGGUCAUCAUUCUCCUAUUAUCUGUCAGGGGCAUUUACCUGAACGCCAUUCUAAAUAAUUCAGGCAUAUCAGCAUUCCUCCUUGAAUCUGUAACAGGCUUGUCCUCAGGGCAAAACAGCAGCAUGCUGUACUACUGAAAGGAGAAUGAUGACUUUAUGCCCCCCCCCCAAAAAUACUUAAUGAAUCUGAUAAAGGAUGGAAAGGGGAAAAGUGCAUAUUGAUAAGUAUCAGGCAGAACACAUGGGAUCUCAUGGGAAUGAUUGUGCUAUUGAAGAUAAAAGUGUUGUAAGAAGGGUCAGUGCGUGGGUUAGGAGGGCAUGUUAUGGUUGAGAGUAUGUGAGUUUCUUGAUCAGCAAAUGAUGACUGCCUAAAAAUCAUUGUAGAAGCUUCAUACACAUCUGAAACUAAGAUUUAUUAGAAGCAUUUCUCAAGUCUCUUAUGCUCACGAUUAAAAUGAAUUGUGAUUUAUUUCUGUGAUGCAAAACUAAAUUUUCAGCAUCAUUACUCCAGUCUUCAGUGUCACAUGAUCCUUCAGAAAUCAUUCUAAUAUACUGAUUUGGUGCUCAAGAAACAUUUCUUAUUUUAUCAAUUUCGAAAACAGUUGUGUUGCUUAAUGCUUUUGUGAUACGAAACUCUGAAAACACAUUAUUUUUCAUAUAUUUUACAUUUUUGCAGCACCUCUCUUCCCAGUCUGUCAGUAACGCUCUGUUUAGUUCCUGUCUCUAUGAAGCCCCUCCUUCCAAAGAGCGCGCUGUGCUCUGAUUGGUCGGCUGGACCAGUGUGUUGUGAUUGGUCAACUGCUUCGAACAUGUCAAUCCCCUUACCAUAACUGUGAAUUUCAACAAACUUCUAACGGAACUCAAUCAGGCAUCACCUCUUUUUUUGCGUAUGCUUUGGGCGGGAAUUCUUUAAAUAAGGAAUAUUGUGAUGUGUUCGUUCCUGGAAGAAAACUCAAGACUACAAUCGAGGCUUUUCAGAAAGUUCAGAAACAGUGUUUAACUGUGCUCAGUGUUUUUCAUGCUCAAACAGCAUCAUUACACACUAAAAAAAAGUUGAAAAUGUAAAAAAAAAAAAAAAAAAAAAAAAAAACAUAAUAGGUCCUCUUUAAUUUAUUGAAAAUACCAUAUUGUUCCGAAUAUAAGACAGUUUUUUUUUUUUUUUUUUUUUUUUUAGAAAUACAUCUGAAAAAACAGGUUUGUCUUAUAUUUAGGGUCUAGACUUUUACCUAAGGAAUAAUUGACGACGUGCCGUUGAAUUAUUAGAAAAUAAUGCACACCCGAGGUGAUAAUUACCAUUACACCUCGGGUGUGCAUUGUUUUCUAAUAAUUCAAUGGCUCGGAGUCAAUUAUUCCGCUUAUACUACGGAUAUCACACCUUAAGACACCGUUCAGUAGGACGCUACCCAGAUUUCAAAACUACAGUAAGAUUUCACUUCUACUGUUAAUAACAUUUUGAUUCAUUUUGGUUUUCACUAUGAGAUGGAUAGCCUAAUUGUUAUAAUUCAGAUGGGCUACCAGGGAUUUUUAUGGUAUGCCAGAAAGUGUUUAUUUUUUAAUUUGAUUGUUAGUACAUUUCUCCAGUAUUUACCAUAUUUACCAUUUUUGUAUUUACAAUACAAAAAUUAAAAUAUAAAAAUA